AUGGAGACCUCAAACUCUUCCGUGGACGAGAAGCCUCCAGGAGGUUGGCAAAGUUAUAUGCAGCCGUCCGGCCACGGCCAGAACAUCACACAGAAUAACGCAUCGGUGCAUCAAUUGAAGGCACCCAUCCUGGUAGCCGGAGGCGCAGAACCUCUAUGUCGCCGAACCACUUUCUUCGUCAAUGUCGACUGGCGAAUGGGCGCAACACUGGCGACGGCUACCAACAUUGUCGGUCAGAUGUACGUUGAGUGCCUGGAGCCUGCCGAGAGACUUCAUCCGUACCCCGUCAUUCUCAUCCACGGAGACUUCCACACUGGCCAGACAACCAAGCCAGAUGGUCAGCCAGGAUGGGCUUCUUUCUUCCUCAAGAAAGGAUUCCAAGUCAUGAUCGUCGACCUGCCUCCUUCCGGCCGUUCCAAUUUCCUUACGACUUCCCACUACACUCACAGAGAUGUAGGGUUGAACUCGAGUUCACUCAAGGCACCAGCUGUCGAAACUACACUCACCGCACCUGGUAUACCCAGAGCGCCCAAUGUACCUCUCCAGUAUGAGAGAGCAGCAUUACACAACAAGUGGCCAGGCACCGGGCAACGUGGAGAUCCUGUAUUUGCCAAAUAUUGCGCUUCUUUGGUUACCCUUCACCUCAGCAAAGUUGAAAGGCAGUCCCUCGCCCAGAACGCCCUUCAGGCUCUCUUGCGCCAUGUUGGAAAGUCAAUCCUCGUUGGUGAAGGUGCUGGCGGGAACACGACUUGGCUAGCAGCUGAUGUUGAGCCCGAUCUUGUCGCUGCGGCUAUCGCUAUUGAGCCCGUGGGGCCUCCUUUUGGAACAGCAUGCCCUAGGGAAGGAAAUCCGUAUCGCAAAUUGAACCCUUUCAUCGAGAAACAAGAGGGUACUCGACUUUACGGACUCUGCGAUAUCCCGAUUACCUAUGACCCUCCUGCCCAUCACCAUGAAGGAUAUGACCCCCCUGCGCGAGAACCUCUAGACUUGAUCAAAGUCAUAGCACCCGAUGGAAGAAGCGAAUGCUUUAUGCAACGCGCUCCCGAUGACAGGUCAAACUCAACUAACAAACCGAGCGGCAAAGUCCGCCAACUUAUCAAUAUCAAGAAGGUUCCUUGCAUGAUUGUCACUGCGCACGCCAGCUCGCAUGCAAUGUAUGACUGGGCAGUGGUAGCAUUCCUGAUGCAAGCUGGUGUCGAAGUCGAUUGGGUCAGACUCGAAAAGCUUGGAAUCGAAGGCAAUGGACACUUAAUGUUCCUCGAAACCAACAGCGAUGGAGUUGCUCAGGUGCUGCAUGAUUGGAUUUCAAGGAAAGCGACUCCCAAAUCCUUUUUGGAUAUGCCGAACAGUGCCCCGACUGCAGGACCGACAGAUCUUGCUGAAAUGAUUGAACAAGCCCAGAAGCACAAUCUAUCGAGUGUCAUACCAAGCGACUUGCCCUCUCCAGGUCAACCGACACAAUUUGCAACUCCUCAGGUGAAAAAUACCCCAGCAGUUGAAACGAAGGCCUUGGAGACACCUCAGCUUCAAAGUUUUGGACCACCAAAAAGCCGUCCGAUUGAGACGCCGCACCUGCCAUUACUCGAAGACUCAAACAAGCGACCGGCUAUGUCUUCAGGACAAACAACUGUAAGCAUGAACGAAUAUCACGGGUCGCCUCUUCCACUCAAGUCUUCCGGACACAGUCGCAAGCGAGCCAGAUUCGACAUUCCGAAGGCGGCAUCUACUCCGUCAUCUACUUCUUCCUCGCUUCCUCCGUUGAACCAGAAGUCUUCCGAGCAGCAGCAACCGCCGCAUUCUCUCAAGGUUUCUCAAGCUCCCCACCAGCAAAGUCCGGUACCGAUCCCGGACCACGGCAUGGCUGAUGUUUCCAUGAUGAGGCCUAAUCACCCAGGAGGUCCCGCCAGAGUAAGGCAGCAGGAGAACAGAAGCAUCCGCUCUCCUUUGGCGAGUCCUGCAUUCAGCCUCUCUGCUUAUGAUCAAGCUCCCAAUCCCUUUACCGACCGACCGGGAAGCUUUCAUGAUGAACUAUCUCUUGGACAACAAUUCAACCCGGCGUACAGAGACAAUCAGCGUAGUUUCAAUUUAAACAACGCUCACACAACAGCUCGAUUCGAACGUAACCCCGGAACAGCCGAAGAGUCCAUCGCCGCCAUGGCUAUGAACAACCCAAACCGCACUGGUUCUGGUUUGUCCUACCCUUCUAUGGCAAGCCAACCUUACCGACCAGCUGCGACAGCGCAGUUGCAGCAGCAGAUUCCUUAUCUUGGACAGUUGAGUAAUCCCCCUACAGUGACUUCUGAGGGAGAUUUCUGUCCACUCUCGACUCCCACCUCUGCUGGACAAUCGAUGAGCGUGGCAGCUCCAGAUCCCCUCUUCACUCCUCUGCCGUCAUUCUCAGACUUGAGUAGUCAUGAGCAGAACCCUUUUGUCGCAUAUCCGCAGAUGACGCCUCCAAGCCCAUCUCCAAUGCCUAGACCGUCAUCGUUGAUGAACCCGCUCUCAUACAAUCUUGACACGGGGUCACCUCACCUGGCCCAAUCGCAACGCAAGUCAACUCCCAGAUGA